CGGAGCGGAGCGCGGUGCGGCACUGCUAGCACGCGUCCUUCUGCCCGGUGGCAUGGGGCAUCGUACUUUAGCAUCCACCCCGGCCCUGUGGGCAUCCAUUCCAUGUCCACGCUCUGAGCUGCGCCUGGACCUGGUUCUGGAUUCUGGACAGUCCUUCCGGUGGAGGGAGCAAAGCCCUGCACAUUGGAGUGGUGUACUGGCGGACCAAGUAUGGACACUGACUCAGACUGAGGAACAGCUCUACUGCACUGUGUACAGAGGGGACAAAGGAUGGGUUGGCAGGCCCACACUUGCUGAGCUGGAGGCCGUGCGAAAGUACUUCCAGCUAGAUGUCAACCUGGCUCAACUGUAUCACCAUUGGGGUUCCAUGGACUCUCACUUCCAAGAGGUGGCUCAGAAAUUCCAAGGUGUGCGACUACUGCGACAAGACCCCAUCGAAUGCCUUUUUUCCUUCAUCUGCUCCUCCAACAACAACAUCCCCCGCAUUACCGGCAUGGUGGAGCGGCUGUGCCAGGCCUUUGGGCCUCAGCUCAUCCAGCUCGAUGAUGUCACCUACCAUGGCUUCCCCAGCCUGCAGGCCCUAGCUGGGCCAGAGGCAGAGGCCCACCUCAGGAAGCUGGGCCUGGGGUACCGUGCCCGCUACGUGAGUGCCAGUGCCCAAGCCAUUCUAGAACAGGGGGGGAUGGCCUGGCUGCAGCAGCUACGAGAGACCCCCUAUGAGGAAGCCCACAAGGCCCUCUGUGCCCUGCCUGGGGUGGGCACAAAGGUGGCUGACUGCAUCUGCCUGAUGGCCCUGGACAAGCCCCAGGCUGUGCCCGUGGACAUCCAUGUGUGGCAGAUCGCGCAACGUGACUACAGCUGGCACCCCUCCACAUCCCAGGCCAAGGGCCCGAACCCCCAGGCCAACAAAGAACUGGGCAACUUUUUCCGAAGUCUGUGGGGACCUUAUGCUGGCUGGGCCCAAGCGGUGCUGUUCAGUGCUGACCUGCGCCAACUCCACCAUGCUGAGCCACCAGUGAAGCGGAGAAAGGGCUCCAAGGGGCCGGAAGGCUAGGUUGGAGACACUGGACAAAGGAAUUCCCCAAAUACCUUUCCCCUCCAUGCCCCCCGUCUCUCCCCCAACCCCACCCAGACUCAUGUUGGGAAGGGUCUCCCUAAAACUACCUCAGGGGCCAGCACCCCCAAAUCAAGCAGUCAGUUUGCACAACAAGGUGGGGUGGGGGCUAUUCGAGGAGACAGAGCUAUCUUAUGUUUUUAUCUUCUUCUCUUUAUUAUAAGAAGGAACAAUAAAAUAGAAACAUUUGUAUGGAAAAUGCAGUGAGGAGUGGCAAGGAAGUGGGUGAGGAGGGGAUGGGGCAGGGUAACUCCCCAGUUCAGGGAGGGAAAGGGAGCAGACUGCCCCCAGCCCCUCCUUGCAGGGGAUCCUGACCCUAGAUCCAGAGCUCUAGAGCUGGGGGGGCAGUGUGGGGGACAGUUCCGGGCCUGGCUCCACGCAGCAGUCUCGACAGCAGCAGCCAGCCGCUGGCCCUAUGUGGGAAAAGACAGCAGAGUUGGCCGUAGGGGCAGACCCUCCACUCCAGCCUGCGUGCCACUUUGUGGACCACCCAUGCCUUCCACAAGCCCUGGUCCUCACCCCCAGCUGCUGGUGUCAGUAGCUCCCCGUGGCUUGCCGUCUGUCCCUGCCCCUCCUGGCUGGUACCCAGCUGCAGUUUCCGCAUGUGUCGCA